GGUACAGAGAAUGUGGGGAGAUCAGUUGAUGGGGAACUCUGGAGAAGAAAAUUAAUCUUCCAAAUAGUAGUGUUAAAUUCAAAAAAGUGUGCAACCAAAGACACGUUUUCCUGGAAGUUUCAUUAUUUUAUUCAGUGAUAAAAUGAAAAUUACUAUCCUUAUUAAAGGAUCCACUAAAUCAUCAUAUUAAUUCAACUGUGUUGCAUUCUUGAAGUAAUCCUUCCAAUUUGUUCUACUGACUUUACAAUGUCUGAAAUCAGAUUUAGCAAUCUCAUUUGGGAUCAACUUAUAACACUGGAUCAAGUAUUAGAUGAAGUAAUUCCAAUUCAUGGAAGGGGGAAUUUCCCCACAUUGGAGGUAAAACCAAAAGAUAUCAUUCAAGUUGUGAAAGAGCAAUUAAUAGAGCAAGGAAUUAUUGUUAAAGAUACCCGAUUGAAUGGUUCCACAGCAAGUUAUAUACUUGCAAGUCACAAUGGAAUCAGCUAUAAGGAUCUAGAUGUUAUUUUUGGUGUUGAACUACCAAGUGAUCAGGAAUUUCAAGUUGUUAAGGAUGCAGUUCUUGGUUGUCUACUUGACUUUUUACCAAAAGGUGUGAAAAAGGAAAAGAUCACCCUGAAAACCAUGAGAGAGGCUUAUGUGCAAAAGAUGGUCAAAGUUUGCAAUAAGCACGAUCGUUGGAGUCUCAUUUCUCUUUCAAACAACACUGGAAAGAAUGUAGAGCUAAAAUUUGUGAAUUCACUCAGACGACAAUUUGAAUUUAGCGUUGAUUCCUUUCAAAUUGUUUUGGAUCCCAUGUUAGAAUUCUACAGUGACAAAAAUGCUAAACUAACCAAAGAAUCCUAUCCUGUUGUGGUAGCUGAAAGCAUGUAUGGAGACUUCCGGGAAGCAAUGACACAUUUGCAAUUCAAGCUUAUAUCUACUAGAAAACCUGAAGAGAUUAGAGGUGGUGGCCUUCUGAAGUACAGCAACUUGCUGGUUCGUGACUUUAAGCCAGCUUGUGAAGCAGAAAUCAAGACACUGGAACGUUAUAUGUGUUCUAGGUUCUUUAUUGAUUUUCCUGAUGUAGCAGAACAGCAAAUGAAGAUUGAAUCAUACCUUCGUAACCAUUUCAUAGGUGAAGAAAAGAGCAAGUAUGACUACCUUAUGACCUUGCGUGGAGUUGUGAAUGAAAGCACUGUUUGUCUCAUGGGACAUGAAAGAAGGCAGACGCUCAAUAUGAUCACCCUUAUGGCUUUAAAAGUACUUGGAGAACAGAAUAUCCUACCCAAUACAGAUAAUGUAACUUGCUUUUAUCAGCCUGCUCCAUACUUUGCUGCUGAGGGAGGGCACCCUACUUAUUAUGUGACAUCUGGACCACCACCUAUUUUCUUUCAGCCAUACCACCCACUGCACUUUCAUGUGCCAAAUGGUAUGGUUUAAACACACACACACACACACACACACAAACACACACACACACACACACACACACACACACACACCAGAAACUUUGCUUUAAUUAAACACCUCAUAAAGCAAGUUUCCAAAAUCCAUAAAAUAUAAGAUCUAUUUUUAUUUUUGUGCAGUUACCAACUAUUUUCCAUCAAUUAUAGCUUACACCAUUAUAGUAAAUACAAUAUCAUCCAUGAACUGGCUACUUUAUAUGAUUUUCAAGUGUUAUUUAUUAGCUCUAAUAAUUUUCAAAUAUUGUGGAUCACUUAAAAUGAUUUUCAAACCUCACUCAAUCUUAAGUAAGACUUUCAUAUUUACUCUGACAAAUACAUUGCAGAUGCCUACAUCUUUGAUUAAAAUAUAAAAGAACAGAUUCAUGUAUUAAAAUCCAAAGGUAAAGUGCCACAUUUUUUUAUUAAACCAACUCCUUUGUUUCAUUCACUUCAUUUUUUUGUAGUGAAUAUCACCAUCAAUGAAUUUUCAAUACUUAACAAAAAUGCCUAAUUUCAAAGACAACGAUUCAGAAGAGAUUAAAACUCUGGACUUUACAAGCACUUAUUGUUUUCAAAUUAAAUUGGGUUAGACACAAAAUCCUAGAAUGGUUUGAAGGAACACUGAAAAAACUGAUUCUGGAAAACACUGCACAUUAGCUAUUUGUCAGCUAUCAAAUAAAUUAAUUUGUUGAUCUGAAGAAUAAUAGCAUCCAGCUCUAAAACCAACACUGUCAUCAGUUUUAUAGUUUUCUUCAUUUUUCCCCCUGAAUAAGUUGAAAAGAAUGAAAAUGACCAACUCUGAAUGGAAUGUGAAUAUUUCCUAUCUAAAUGGCAAAUAGCAAAAAAUAGGUAGUGUUUCUUUUAGCCAUACGUUGUAUUUACCAUUUUUAUGACCUAUUGUCUAAAAUCUUAAAAUAUAUCUGGAGACAUUCAUUGUUAGUAAGUGAAAAUAUUUUCAUUAUUGCGAGAUGAAACUUUUUUUUCAUUUUGCUCUUACUGAACAUCAGUUUCUAACUUACCACUCAAAUGCCUCCUUAUAUGAGUUUUUGCAUAAUAAUAUAAUUCAUCCAGCAAUUGCAUAUGUUCAUUAGUUAUCUGAAUAUUUACUCACUACAUCAAAUAUGCUGCUAGCAAAUCUACCAGUGAAAUUAAAAUAUUUUCUUCAUUAUGGGAAGAAAAUAUUUCAUGACCAAUAUUAACUGAGAUGAUAGAAGGGGAACUGUUCUGAAUGGAUAUAGAAGACCAUCAGAAAAUAUCAUAAUUUUAACUUGCUUCUGAUUUUUUAUUACCAUCUCAGUUUUCAUUGACAAUCAGAACUUUUUCAUCACCGUAUGAUCCAAGAGGCAUAUUCUGAGAAUUUGUCACUUAUAAACUGUGCUUAAUCUUUAUUCUCUGCAUUACAAUACUGGACAAAGAAAGUACAUAAAAUAUAGUAUUUUCAAAUAA